AUGUCGCAGCUCAAGAAUGAAAUCUCCUCUUCCGACUUUGAGGUCGAAGCAGAGCAUCGACACACCGCGCCCAAGAUUGGCGCAGUCGACACCCUCCGCGUCGGACUCACAGUGGUGGCACUGGCCGCCGGCGCCGCAGUCCUCGGUCUUGGUGCCGAUACCCUCGCUGUUUACAGGGCCACAUCGCUCCCUGCAGACUACAUGCUGCAGCUGUGGCCCAAGGAGUUUGAUGUCCGGCCUGUCAACUCGUUGAUUGCCUGCGGUGUCAUUGUGCUCAUCGCCAAUGGCCUGGCGCUCGCUAUGAGCAAGGUGUCUUUUAUCGGCUCCCGCUACGUUGCCCGCUCAUCCGUGUCUGUCGCUGCUCCCACGGUCGGCCUCAUCGGUGCUCUGGUGGCCAUGUCCAUCUUCUAUGCAGUCAAUGCAUCGACAAAAGUUGAUUCGAUCCAGAGUUGGAGUUGCCGCUGGAGCGGCGUGCCCAUGGAUACGCGCCCGCAUUUUGACGCCGUCUGCAGGGAGAGCAAGGCGGCUCUUACACUGGCCACGCUGCUAGUGCCUGUUGAGGCGUUCAUCAUUGGUGUUGCCGGCUACGAAGCUGUCCUGCUCCGUCGCAUCAACCAGGGGACUCAUCAUUAA